AUGCCAUUGUCUUCGCAAAUUAUUGAUCCACACCCACAGUAUACGCGCUAUGCACAAUGGUUCUUCAACGCACCCCUUGUCAUCAUGACCUACUCUGUCCACGCAGGAUUUCCCCUGAUCGAUAGCCUCCUUCCGCUGUUGAUGACCGAUGCUGCUGUCGUACUCGGCCUAUUUGGGACCCUUGCUCCGCAGCAAUACAAAUGGGCCUACUUUAUCAUGAGUGUUUCAGCAUUGUUCAAUGUCUUCGGCCAUCUCCUGUCCAAUACUGUCCACGGUGCACACUCCACCUCGACGUAUCAGACACGAAUGCAGCAUGUUAGAUCGAUAUUUGCCCUAGCCUCUAUAUGGACCAUAUAUCCCAUCAUCUGGGCUUUCUCGGAAGGUUGGGGUGUGAUAUCAACGGCAGAUACGGCAAUCUACUAUGGUUUUGCGGAUUUGCUUAGCGGGCCUGUUUUCUUGGUGUAUAUUCUGUGGACACACGAGUACGAGCACGUAGAACCCAUUGAGUUCCCCCGAGACACCAAGGCGUAA